UGCAUACUUCGCUUUUGAUCUCAUACUUAGUUUUUAAUGGCGUAAAAAAUGUAUUAGAAAAAAUUUUUGAUUAAAAUUUUGAUAAGUGUAUCUUUCGUAUCUUCCUAAUGUUUAAGAAAUUAUUAAUAAAAUGGGAAAUGAUUUAAUGGAAAAUACCACGGAAAAUAUAUUUAGUUCACAAAUUGGUGAUGUAGAUGAACGGGAAGAAGGUGAGAUUGUUGACGAUUUCGAAUAUAUUAUAUCCUCGGACGAGGCGUUAACAGUGAGAAAACGUAUAGCAGAACUGGAAUCUAAAAAUGAUGAAAUAGAAAAAAUUGACUUAAUAUCCAGAAGCUUCGCUAAUGGUUUUGAUUGCGGAAGUAUAAGUGAGAUUAUAGCAAAAUUUAGAACACCGUCAAAUGAAUAUUAUCACCAUUUUCCGCGAUCGCAACUCAAUCGGUCAACAAACUUGAUAAGAUCAUCGUCUUCAGAAUCCGAAAUGGGAAGUUUUUCAUUAAAUAGAAAAGAGGAUCGAAAACGCAGAAAAUUUCCAACAAAAAAUUCAAUAAAUAUUAGGUCUACAUAUUACAAAAGCAAUAACCAUCAACAGUUUCGAAAGGAUACAAAUUCUAAACGGUAUGUACCAAACAAAAAGCGUCGACAUAAUUUUGAUUACAAAAAAUGUUCUUCACACAUUGAUGCUCAUGAAGAUAGUACGGAUGAUUGCUUAGUGCAAACUGAUAACAGCAAAUGUAGAAAGGAAGUUAAGUCGCAGGAAUCAAGUUAUUCAAAAAACCAUGAUCAUUAUAAGAAAAAGAAACCAUUAAAAAAUCAUAUAAAGCAUAUAAAUGGCUUCACGAAUGAGUACCAAAAUUACUUACAAAAUAACUUAAAGGAUAGUAAAGAAAUUUCCAAAAGCAAAGAAUUAGUAGAAAACUUGCCUGAAAACUUGCCUCCAGAAGAAAAAAUAGAAAUUCCAAAUGCUUCGGAAGAGGUAAAAUUAUGCAAUAAUAUAAAUGAUAAAUCUGAUUCACAAGAGGAAGAGGAAUUACGAUUAAUUGCUUUAAAAUCAGCUAUGAUACAAAGGCAUUUGAAACGCAAGAGACGAAAUGCAGAAUUAGCCUAUUCCCCAACCGAUUUUGAUGAAAUGCUAGCUUCAGUUGAGGCAGAUAAUAAUUCUAAUCUAGUUUUUGAAGUUGAUUUAGAUGAGAGUAUUACUGAGAUGGAAAUAAGUCCAACAACUUCUCCAAGGUUUUCUCCUAUUCCAAUUGACGAAGAUUUAAGCGACCGAAGUGUAGAGUUUGUUGCACAAAGCAAUGCGAUAGAUACCAAACCUGUAGAUAUGGAUAUUGUUAAUACUGAAAGUGAGAGUGAAAAUGUUGUAUACAGUGUUUCAAAUAAAAUGUUUGCCAUUGAUCCCGUAGCGUCUAGCAGUGAUUGCAAAAUAACAGAUUUAGGUCCAUCAAUAUCAUAUAAUGGAAUGGACUAUGCAUCAUCAUUGCAAUAUAGACUAUACGUGCCUGAUAUGCAAUAUCAAUUAAAUAUACCACCACCGCCUUUACCACCAGUUUUAAAUGAUUGUAUGGAAGUCAUACCUCCACCUCCGCUUUUUUGUAGUUACAAUGAAUUGCCACCACCCCCACCGCCACCUAUAUUAAUACCUUUAGAAAGACAAAAUGAUGAGAUUAGUGAUGAAACAGAAAUUAUUGAUCUUUGUAAUGAUACUGUAGAGGAAAAUAUAAUAACCAAAGAUAUAACAGAAAUAAAAUCUGAAGAUACAUCUUGUAUUCAUGAGAAUCAACAGAAUAAAGAAAACAGUGAAGGAGAGGAGGAGGAAGCAUUACGCGCUCUUUUAUUAUCAAAGAUACAGUCUGGAAGAAUAAUAAAAAAAGAGAAUGAUAUUUGUAAAACAGAAAGUACUGUUACUCCAGAAUUAAAAAUAAAAAAUUUUAACAAUAUUUUUAAAAAUGAUGAAAGUCCUCAAGCACAAACACAAACACAAUCAAUACUGAAAGAGGCUGUUCGACGUUUAAAAAUGAUAACGGAAGGAAAUGAUGAAGGAGGCGUAAAAUCGGAAAUCAUAGAUAAGUCAGAUAAAUCAGAUAAAGAUAAUAUAAGUUUAGUUAAAGAAGAAAAUGAAAUGGAAAAAGACUUAUGCUUAAAGAAGCUUAAAGAAAGAUCACCAAAUAAAAAUAGUGCUUUAGAUCACUUAUUGGAAGAAAGAAUUGCAGAACUAGUAAGACAGGAAAAAGCAACGGAAGUGUCUACAAGUGUAACAGUUAGCGACGUAAGUAUUGCGAAAGUAGCAGGAAAAUUAGACACAAUUACAGUUAGCUGUGUUAAUAUUGGUGAAGAAACAGGAAAAUUAGAUACAGAGAAGAAAAAUUUAACAACUGAACUGAAUUUGAAAAAUAAAACUAAUGUUAGUGAUAUUAAAAGUAAUAGGUCAUUUAGUAGAGAACAAUCUAAAAGUAAAAGUGAUGAUAAAAUAAAUGUAAGAAUUGAAAAAAGUAAAAAUAUAGAAAUAAAAAAUAAUGCCACUACUGUUAUUGCUGGAAAUAAAGAAAUAUAUAAUGCCAAAAAAAAUGAAGACAGUUUAAAAUUCAUAAACAAAUCAGUUGCUCCUAAUUUAAUCUUGACUCCUAAAAUAAAUGGUAUAAAACAAAUAUCAAUCAAUAAAAAUCUUUUAAGUUCAUUUGAUAAUCAACUGAAAAGCACUGCAAAUCCCACGUUUCCUAUAACGGCGAAACAGCCAAGUACUUCGAUAAUAAAUAGCAUACAAAAAUCAAAUUCAGCUAGCACAUUUAUAUCGACGGUAAGAAAAAUUAUUAAACCAAAUAAAAUCAUUAACACAAAUAUGAACUUAAAAAGAAAAACCGUUGAAAAUAAUCCAAAUACAAAAUUUAAAUUAACAAAAAUGUCAAAUGCAAUCGAUAGAAGCGUAAAUACUAGUCCAUUCGGUAGUACAACAUCAACUACUUCGAAAACUUCACGUUUAGUUACACCGUCCGAGAUUCCUAAACCUGUUGUACAAAAAAUUAUUAUAAAUCUGCAAACAUCGGAGAGCGAUAUUGAGGAUGAGGAAGAGGAUAACCUAACUAAUAUGAAACAACUUUCAAGCUUUGAUAUAAAUACAAAUUACAUCGAUAAUGCAAGUCCGUUGAGCUUACCUAUGGAUAGUCGUAGUAAUACACCAAUUCGCGUUAGCUCUCCUACAAUUUUAACAGAAAAACCAAUGAUCAAUACUAGUACAAUAAAAGUUCGUAAUGAUAUAUUUGAACAAAAACUGGAAAACUUUUUGAAAAAUAUACGCGACAAAUCAAAAACAAAUAUGAAAGAUAAUCACGCGGCCACAAUGAAUCACCGAAGGAUUGUUAAUAAUGAUAAGGCUGUACGACAUUUACCCAUUGCUGCUCAACAUGAAUACAGCAGGCUUGUAGAACGUAUGAAACUAUUAGAGAAACAAAGAGAAAAUAAAUUAAAAGAAAGUAAUGAGAGUAACGGACAAAAAAUACAGUCAAAAAAUAUUGAUAAUAAAACAAAACCCAAAAUUACUCUUCCAAAAAACAAAACAAUUGCAACGCCUAAUAUUACUAAUCCAAAUAGCAAAACAAUUGAUAUUUCUAAGCAAAACAAGACAUUUUCUACAAAACAAAAUAUGAUGUACACUGAAAAAGAUGGAAAACAUAAUUCUAGUCCUAUAAAAGAUACUACUGCAGUCUGUAAAAAUAAAAGCAUUGAUAGUACGAAUAGAGUAGAAAAUAUCGCAUCUAAUCAUACAGCAACAACAUCAAUACCAAGUACAACGAAAGCAAAUACAGCUAUGAUUUUAAGUCAGGAAUCCAAAAGAAGAGUCACGUUACGUCUACAAGAAAAUUCUUAUAAUAAAUCUAG